AUGGACCGAUUGCUUGAAGUGAAUGGCAGGGAUGUGAGGCAUGCCACAGCAGAAGAAGUAAUCUUGUUGAUCAAGGACAUUGGCAAUGAUCAGACAAUGCAGGAUGUGACUGUUGUUGUGCAGUAUAAUCCACACAAGUAUCAAUGUCUGAAACAAAAUCUAAUGCAACACGACUCGUUCUACAUUCGCUGUCAGAUGCCUGUGCUGUCCUUCCAUGCAAACAACCUGAAGAUCAACUUUGGUGACAUCCUGCAUGUCACUGACUCGUGGCAGUCUGAAAGCACAUACCUUGCAUGGAAAGUGAAUAAUGAUGGAACAGAAUCUGUAAAGGGAACUAUUCCUAACGCAGCAAAAGCAUGUGAAUCAAGAAGACAUGCUGAUGUGAAACCGUACCAGAGAGUUAGUUGGCAGAAAGCUCACAUUUCACGACCCGUUGUGAUCAUUGGAAAGCUUGCCGGUGCUGUUAGAGCUCAGUUAUUGCAGGCAGAGCCUACUCUCUUUGAGAAGUGCACCACAAGAACAAAUAUGGGCGAUGCUCGUGAGCUACGUUCGCAAUUUGAGAGGCUGAAGCUGGUGGAGUAUACGCAGAAGCAAGAGAGCGAAUUUGUUUGUGUGACUGUUGAUGAUGUCCAGAAGGUUGCUCAGCAGCAUGUUUGCCAUUUCUCGACUCCAAGCUGUCGACCUUCCUCCCAUCGUUAUUUCUCUCGAGUCAAAGUCUUCUACUACUUCAGUGCCAGACUUACAGGAUACUCAUGCAAUAAUUCGUGGUGAUGACAUCAUCGAUCUGUCUCAGAGAGUCUCUAGAGCUGUUGUUCACGAGCAAUUGCAACCCGUCUGGCUGAGUGUAUGACAAGCAGACUUUCGAUGGAAGAAUCAGGGUUGAGAUCGGUUUUCAUUAAUUUGACUUUUUAGUUUAUAUCAACUGUUUGAUUAAUAUCAAUUUAUCAAGUUUAGUAGAAAUUUAGACAACACAGGUUUAUCAAACAUUAGCUGGUUAUACCGUAGUUUUGAGUAAGUUGUUAUUGUAUCGCAGGUUACAGUUUGCAUUUGAACUGUUUAUUUGAUUGA